AUGAGUGGAGUUCAAGGUAAGUUGUCGGGCCGUGUGAUGAACAUGAAGUUCAUGCGGUUCGCUAAAGAUGAUAGUGGAUCAGAGGCUGGCACAAGGGAGAGUUCUCCUUCUGUGAAGGAAGAAAGUGUUGGGUCCUCUAGGUACUCUGAUAAUAAUAGUAAUUCAAAUAGUAGUGGGUUUCAUGAUAGUAGUGAAUGGUUUGCUGAGACCGCUAAUCAAAAGAAUCUUGAUAAAAAUGAAAAGACUAAAAAAAAACACAUUGUUAGGGCUAGAAGAGGUCCCAUUAGGGCUGUAGUUGCUGAUAACAUCAGUGUAACUCAUUUACAAAUGCAGAAUAAUAAGAGUGUACGAACAACCAACAAUACCCAAACUGACAGUAUUGCUGGUAAUAUAGGAAGAAGGAAAUUUAAUGAAAUAUCGAAGAAACGUAAGGUCGAAGAUGAUAGUACAGAAGACACCGACGAUUAUGAAUUGGACCGUAUGUUUAAAGAUGAUAUUAAACGUCGCAAAACUACUGGUAUUAAAGAUAGUAACAAUGAGAAAUAG